AACUACGUGAGAACCCUAAUAACGCGGCGGUGGUGAUUCGUUUCUGUUGAUGGGGAAGAACAACAACAAUAACAACUUAAGACCCCGGCAACACAAUGACGGUCCCCGGCUUCGGAGCACUGAUGUGGGCCGCUCUUCUUGUCAUCCACCAGGUGGCAGCGGAGUACGGCAUGGCCCAUUUCAGUGACGACCGCAAAGGGAAGGAUUACUGCAUCUUUUUCAACUCGCAGUGGGCUCGUCUGCCUCAGGACCUCAACAAGGCAUCGCAUCUCCAGCUCUACGACCUGACCAAUUCCGUCCUGUGCUCGCCUGCCGACGUCCCAGAGGGAGGCUUCCCCAACCGCAUCGCCAUGGUGAUGAGGGGCAACUGCACCUUCUACGAGAAAGUCCGCCUGGCACAGAUGAACGGUGCAAAGGGCCUUCUCAUUGUCAGCAAGGACAGACUGACGCCGCCAGCGGGAAACAAAACUCAGUACGAGGAGAUUGACAUCCCUGUCGCGCUGCUCAGCUACUCUGACAUGCUGGAGAUAAGCAAGACGUUCAGCGAGGGCAGGCUGGUGGCCAUGUACGCCCCAAAUGAGCCAGUGCUGGACUACAACAUGGUCAUCAUCUUUCUCAUGGCUGUGGGAACUGUUGCCGUCGGUGGCCACUGGGCUGGCAGCAAGGACCGCAAGAAGCGCUACAUGAAGCACAAGCGCGAUGACGGGGCGGACAAGCAGGAUGAGGAGACGCUGGAUGUGACGCCCAUCAUGAUCUGCGUGUUCGUGGUCAUGUGCUGCAGCAUGCUGGUGCUGCUCUAUUUCUUCUACGACAGCCUGGCCAUUUGGGUCAUAGCCAUUUUCUGCCUGGCGUCGUCCGUGGGCCUCUACAGCUGCCUGUGGCCUUUUGUGCGCCGUCUUCCUUUCUGCAAGUGCAGGAUUCCAGAGAACAACCUUCCCUACUUGCACAAGCGUCCCCAGGUGCGCGCCCUGCUGCUGUCGGUGCUUUGUGUGGGCGUCAGUGUCACUUGGAUGGUGUUUCGCAACGAGGACCAGUGGGCCUGGGUACUGCAGGACACCCUGGGGAUCGCCUUCUGUCUUUACAUGCUCAAGACUGUCAGGCUGCCAACAUUUAAGGCUUGCACUUUACUACUGACGGUGCUCUUCGUCUAUGACGUCUUCUUCGUGUUUAUCACGCCCUUCUUCACUAAGAGUGGCGAGAGCAUCAUGGUGGAGGUGGCGGCAGGCCCCUCUGACUCAGCCACGCACGAAAAGCUUCCGAUGGUGCUCAAAGUGCCGCGCUUGAACUUCUCGCCCCUUGCCCUGUGCGAUCGACCCUUCUCCCUGCUGGGCUUCGGCGACGUCCUGGUGCCAGGCCUGUUGGUGGUGUACUGCCACCGCUUUGACAUUUUGAUGCAAUCCUCCAGAAUCUACUUUGUGGCCUGUACAAUAGCCUGCCAUAGCGCUUGCACCCAUCAGGUGUACGCAAACAACGGGGCCGCAGCCCGAGGGGUCGCCGGCCGCCGACGCAGCCAAUCAGAACGAAGAACCCGGUCUGCCUCAGGACUCUUCCCUCGCCGAGAACGAGGAAAAGGUCAACUAAAAGUGGCGCGUGUCCACCUCAAGUUUAUUUUCCACAUUGUUUUACUUUAUAUGGACAUUAAAAGGGAAAAAGGAGCAGAGGCACUGCAAUCUCGUUUAUACCUCACCUUUAAAGGGAAUCAUAGACGGAAAGAUGUUCGCAUUUCAGGCCCGUUACGCCCAAACGCUCACUCACAACGGCAUUAGCUUACAUGCAUCGUCGCUGUCCAACAAAAAACGUGGAUCUCCCCAUUUCAUUGCAUUCAAAACCCAGAAAAACAUUUUUAUUCAAGUAUUAAAGAUAUUUUAAAAGUCUGAAAAAAAGCCUGGAUAGAUUUAUUUUCAUUUGAAAACAAAAUGAGUUUUUAAAUGAAAAUGGAGUCAAUAAGAUUUUCGGGGCGGGGAAAUCAUCUUACAAUGUGUUUUUUUUAAUUUUUUUACAUGAAUUAGUCUUUUGAGAAUUGUUUUCCUUGUUUGAAUGACAAACAAAAUGUUGUGUGUGUAUAAUAACUUUAAAACUUAACUGUUUUUUUCUUUCAGAAAAAAACCCCAAUGGUAAAUAAAAAACAAAUUUGGUAAUUAAAAAAGCUGUUUUCAGAAUAAAAAAAAAAAUGUAACAUUGUGGGUUUCUUUCACUUUUUUAAAAAUACAAAAUACUGGGAAUUUUUAUUUUUAGCAUAAACCACCCCCAGUUUUUUAAAUGAGCUUUAUCUGAAACCAAGAAUGGUAGUUGUUUUUCCAAAUUUAAAAUAACAAAAUGAGGAACCGUGUGGAUGCUAUUUGUUGAUCAGCCUUGAUGAAAUUCAUGCGUCAAGUGACAAGAUGCUGAGAUCACUGUUGUCAACUGAGCCAAACUUUUUUUGAAUUAUUAUUAUUUUUUUUUUUAAAGGUUCCCUUUUCUUCUUGUAUUCUAUGAUGUGGAUUCUCUCUCAAGUAUUACAAAUAUAAUCUAUAGUGCAGAUCUGAAAUUGUAUUGGUGGAGCAAUAACAUUUCAAAACAAAAUAAAGACGCAGCACUUUGGAUCCCCACAGGAGUCAUUCAAGUUACAAGAGAGUCAAGUGACUUUGUAUGAAACAUUUGCACAACUCAUGCUACACAAGUAAAUUUCUGUGUUUUUAAAUAUAUAUUAGGUGUUAUACUAUGCUGUAUAGGUUUUAAAACCAAUGUACUCUUUAGUUUGGGAAGAUGAUUUGUUUUCAGUGCCUCUAUUGAGGACAGCAUAGAACAAAACAUUGACUUUUGCAGUUGAGUAAAUAAACAAUAUUUGCGGAAAUAUGUUCAUUUAAAUUGUGGACCUCUUUUUGUUUGGUUAGC